UGGCACGCUUGGGUCACCUGACCACCUUAUACAGUGACGUGAUAUCCAACUGAGCAUGUAACCAGGAAGAGAGACUGCUACUGCAAAUUUCAUCAUGCUAAGAGAAGAUAAUGAUGAAGACGUGUCUCUGUUUGACGCAGAGGAAGAUGCAGGGAAAAGGUCAAAGAAGUCAAAUAUGAAGCAUCCACUGGCCUGCUUCUUCCACCUCUUCUUCAGAGUCAGCGCCGUCAUCGUGUACCUGCUCUGUGAGAUUUUCAGCAGCACAUUCAUCGCAUGCAUGGUCACAAUAAUCCUCCUGCUCUCAUGUGACUUCUGGACAGUAAAGAACAUCAGUGGGAGGUUGCUGGUGGGUCUGAGGUGGUGGAACCAGGUGGACGAUGAUGGACGCAGCCACUGGGUGUUUGAGUCUAGGAAGGGGACCGUGAAGCAACAAGCGUCAGAUUCUGAGUCCCGAAUCUUCUGGAUUGGUCUGAUCGUUUGUCCCAUUCUCUGGGUCAUCUUUGCUUUCAGCACCCUCUUUUCCUUCAAACUUAAAUGGGUGCCGGUGGUGAUCAUGGGAGUGGUGCUACAAGGAGCCAACCUCUAUGGCUAUGUGAAGUGUAAAGUGGGAGGCAAGACCAGCCUCAAGAAUAUGGCUACAAAUUAUUUUGGACGACAGUUUCUCAAACAGGCGAUGUCUAAAGAAGAGGAGUCGUAGGGUGCCGCUCUGCGAUUUUAACUUGUUUGCAUUAUUCUUAAUGCUAUGAUAUCAAUUAUUUUACCAAGUGGAUCCGUGGGAAGACAUCUUUUUUGCUAUAUGAACUGAUACAAAUUGUGUUUUUUUUCUUACUAAUGUACUCUGUGACUCAACCAGUCCCCAUAUGGAGUUUUCUUUGUUUUCCACAGAGGUGUGGCAGUUGCUUCAAAUUACUGGAGACCAGCAAUAAACCCUCGCUGACUUUAACUGAUACUUAAGCGUAAGUGCAUGAGUAAAAAAAAAAAAAAAGGGCGUAAUGGCUUGAAAUGUUAAGCUGACUAGUUUGAUGUGUCAUGUAGUCUCUCAGCUCACUGAUGUAUCUUAUUUAGUUUGUUUUAAUGAUUUGUUUUCUUCAUUUUUAUCUUUAUAACACUAAUAAUGUGGUUUCUGGGAGGUAUUGUACAAACAUUUUUGUUUGUAUAACAGGCGAGUUUGUAAAGUAACAGUGUUAAGUAUUUCAGGAGUUUGUAAAUAUGUAUUUAAAGAAACUAUGUGGAACACCUUCUUAUGUGCAAAUACAUUUGUAAAAUUUU